CAAACUUUCAUUUGCCUUCCUGCAUAUUUGAGCCUGGGCUCAACAAUAUGGCUGUGAGGCUUGGGGUUAACACUUCAUUUAGGCCACCUGAAGUCACAGGUCACUGGACUGCCCUCGGGUCUCUUCUGUUCUUGUUGCCCUUUUCUUAGUUCACAUACUCGUUCUCUUACCUCAGCUACUAUAGAAGCCGCCUCGCUAGUGUCCUGUGUCUGAAUGGGGCUGGCUCACUGUUGAGCAUGCUGGGACCUCAACCAUGUGGUGGCCAGGGGAGGGGUUAAACAGGAGGAGGACUGGGGACACUGACAUGGGGAGAGGCACCCAGUGAGGGCAUCCUGUUGCCCAAAGCACUGUGGCCAAAGGGUAUGGCAAGCUCACGUGGGCAGGCCACCAUUCUAAACAAGGAGGCACAGCGUGUCAAUGGGGGAGCCCCUGGGCAACAACUAGGCUUGGUGUCUUGGUGGGGUGGGGAUGGGCUCCUGGAAGGAAAAGGCCAUGGUGGCUGGAGCUUAGAGAAUGGUGGGAGGUUGGGCAUGGCAUCUUCAGCAUGUUAAGUAUUUUGGGACUUUAUCCUUAAUACCUUGGAAGCCAGUGAUCCCCGGGAGAGUAGUAAGAUCUGAUUUGUAUAUUUCAAAGAUCACUUGACUGCAGAGAAACUGAAGGCAAUGAGCCCAACUAGGAGACUGCUGCAGUGGUGGGGGUGAGAGCCUAGAGUGAUUUAGUCUAUAGCAGUGGCAGAGGAGAUGGAAAGAAAUUCAGGUAGACAGGUGGAAAGGGACUUUCCAGCAAGAGAAGAGGACCUGCAAGGCCAUGGAGGUGGGGGAGUGGCCCGAUCUUGGAAUAUGCAAUUUCUGUACAUGGUCAUUGCAAUUUUAUACCAACAUAUAAAAUUUGAUAAUCCUUUUUCAAUUGAUGUUAUAUAACUACUUCCUAUCAAUAUAUCACUAGUCUUCAUGUCAUUGUUUUUAAGAUUGACUACCUUAAUAGCUCUAUUAUUUUCCAGAAUUUGGGUAAUUAAUUGAUCCCUCUUUGGAGCUAUCUGUGUCAAAAACUAUUGUAAAUUACAUAGUUCCCUCAAUCUCACCUGCCUCCCCCCGCCACUAUAUUUUGUUUUGUUUUGUUUUGUUUUUUAAGAUUUUUUGAUGUGGACCAUUUUUAAAGUCUUUAUUGAAUCUGUUACAAUAUUGCUUCUGUUUAUCUUUUGUUUUUUUUGGUGCGAGGCAUGUGGGAUCUUAGCUCCUGGACCAGGGAUCAAACCUGUACCCCCUGCGCUGGAAGGUGAAGGCUUAACCGCUGGACCGCCAGGGAAGUUCCCAGGGUUAUUUCUUUAGGGAUGGAUUCCUAGGAGUCAGAUUACUGGGAAUCUAGGAAUUCUUUGUAAAGGUCUUGGGUUUUUUUUUUUUCUGUUUGUUUUGUUUUGUUUUUUUUGGCCACGCCAUUGCAGCAUGUGGGAUCUUCCCUGACCAGGGGUUGAACCCAUGCCCCCUGCACUGGAAGCUGUAAAGGUCUUGUUAUAUUGCCAAAUUGCUUUCCAAAAGGGUUGUUCUAAAUUAUAAUCUCACCAGCAAGGUAGGAGAGGACUACUUUCACGCUACCCUUGCUAGACUUGGGUAUGAUAAUAUUUUAAAAAUUGAUAUUUGAUAAGGUAAAAAUAACACUUUAAUUUUAAGUUAAUACUUUAAUUUUAAUUAGCCUUUUCCCCCAUUAAUAGUGAGCUUAAGCAUUUUAUUUCAUGUUCAUUUUCUAGAUGUAUUUCCUCAUUUGUUACUCAGUUCCUUUGCCCAUUUAUUACUGAGGGGGGGGGAGGUUUUUUUGGUUUAUCAGUUAUUUAUAUUUUAAAUAUAACCAUUUGCCAUAUUUAAAAAACUUUUCCAUUUAAAAAAAUUGACUUACAAACGUAAAAUUUUUGUAUAGCUAUAUCUUGACUUUUUAUGAUUUUUAUUGCUUCUAAGCUUAUAUACUCUUUUCAGAUAUAGAUUCUCUAUCAUUUUCUUCCAUUCUAGUUAUUACUUGGUUUUAUAUUUAACUCUGUAUUCCACUCUGCCUUUAAUUUGAGAGAGUAUGAAGGGAGAUAACUAAAUUGCUUAUUUUCAAAUUGCUAACCAGUUAUCCCAACACACUGAAUUCCUUCCCACUGUCAAGAUAUGAUGUCUUCCACAUCACAUAUUAAAAUCACUUAUACUUAAAUUAUCCAUUAUAUUUCAAUAAGUCUCCCUUUAAUGACAAUGUGAACUAUCAGAGUAGGUUUUAAUAGUUGGUAGAGCUAGGUCUCACUUAUUAUUCUUCUGUUUCAGAAUUUUUUUUGGUAUUCCUCCUCAACAUUUGAAAUAUUUUGUCAAGUUUCAGUGCAUAUUUAUUGCCUUUGGAUUCUUUUAAAUGAAAAAAAACUCUGGCUACAAGAGUAAUACAUUUUAUUUUAGAAAAUUUAAAAUAAGAAAAAAAUAUAAUUCCACCACCAUUUUUAAAAUCACUUAUGUAGUACUCAGUUAUAUACCAUGCACUGCUCUGAGUACUUACAAAUAUUAACUCUUUUUGUGCUAUACCAACUGUCUUAGGUAAGUAGAAUUUUUUUUUCAAGUAGAAAUAAACUAGUCUUACAGUAAAGGAAACUGAUAUUAUGCCUGUUUUACAAAUGAUGACACUUGCCCAAGGUGCACAGGUGGUGGAGAGAGCCAGGGUUUUGAUCAGAGCAGUGUGGUUCCACCGGCCUGUGGUGAACACUAUGAUGCUGCCAUUCCAUCAGACACAAUUAUUAUUCAUAUUUUGGUGUAUAUACUUCCAACCUUUUACAAAGUGGAGUGUCCCUCUACAUACAUAUGCAUGUGGAUCAAUGCAUUUAACCAGUUUCUCAUUUUGGAAUAAUUAGUUUGCUUCCCACUUUCCCCUGUAAUAAGACUGCUGAGAGGUAUGUUCUUGAGGCUAAAUCUUUUCACACACCCACAUCGUUUUAUUAUAAAUUCUAAAACUGGAAAUGCUGGGUCUAAUGUUCAAUAUAUUUUAAAGGCUUGAUAAAUAUUGUCAACUGUCCUUUGGGUAGGUGAUUCCAAUUUGCAGCUCUAUCUGUGAUAUAAGGACGUGCCCCACCUCACCCGCACUAAGUCAUUAAAAGAAAAUACAAAAACUUUACUAAUUUGGGGUCGCCGGUACCUUUUAAAAGGAAUUGCAUUAAAGAUCCCUUAAUUCCACCAUUCGCUAUCUACCGUGGAGAGAGAGCCCUUUUGCACGAGGAGGCACAUAUAUAAUUCACUACAGCAUUGUAUGUAAUACUAAAAAAUAAAAAUGAACCUAACUUUCCCCAACCGGGGAAUGGCUAAAUUAGCCUGCAUCUCCACACCGCGCAACGUUCUGCAGUGUUAAGGGGAAGGUAAGACUGCAUGUGUUAAGGCAGACGACGAUAAAGGGAGACUCCCGCUGCGCUUCACCUGGGAGCGCGGCUGCUGUUGGGCUUUCUGCUUCUUGAUCCGCUUUUCCGGUGUGCUCGGCUUUGCGCCAGGCCCGGGAUUCUGCGGCCCUAGCCUCGGUGUCUGCACCAGCCUUACCCCCGCAACCCGCCGCCAGUCCUGGAGCCUUCUCCAAGGCGUGCCGGGAAACCGGACUCUUGGUGGUCGGGCCCUUGGGCUCCGGGACAUGUUUCCGGGAGCUACUCUCAGCAGCGCACCAACCGGAAGCGUCCGUGUUGUGGCGGAAGGAGGUGCUCUCUGAAAGCAGCCGGUGGUGAAAGGAGCGUGGCGGGCAAAGAUGAUUCAGGCGAUUUUGGUUUUCAAUAACCACGGGAAGCCGCGGCUAGUCCGCUUCUACCAGCGUUUCCCAGAAGAAAUUCAACAGCAGAUUAUUCGAGAGACCUUCCAUCUAGUUCUCAAGCGGGAUGACAACAUCUGUAACUUCUUGGAGGGUGGAAGGCUCCGGACGCGCAGGCUCAGUGGCCAUGGCUCACGGGCCCAGCCGCUCCGCCGCAUGUGGGAUCUUCCCGGACUGGGGCAAGAACCCAUGUCCCCUGCAUCGGCAGGUGGACUCUCAACCACUGCGCCACCAGGGAAGACACCCAUACAUCCACUUUUGGGUGACCUUCAUCAUUAUUGCUUCUUCAGGCAGUACUCAAGUGUCAGUUUGAUUGGUGGCUCUGACUACAAACUGAUUUAUCGUCAUUACGCUACCCUCUAUUUUGUAUUUUGUGUGGAUUCAUCAGAGAGUGAACUUGGGAUCUUGGACCUCAUCCAGGUUUUUGUGGAGACUCUGGAUAAGUGUUUCGAAAAUGUUUGUGAAUUGGAUUUGAUCUUCCAUAUGGAUAAGAUCCUAUGCAGAUUUCAUUUUUAUAACUCAUCUUUAAAUAGGUGCACUACAUUCUUCAGGAGGUGGUGAUGGGUGGGAUGGUGUUGGAAACAAACAUGAAUGAAAUUGUGGCUCAGAUUGAAGCUCAGAACAGGCUGGAGAAAUCCGAG